CGAAGCUAUCCUUAACCUUACCUUAUCUAUGUGCAAGAUAACUGAAUAGUUGUUACACGUAUAGGUACCUAACCUACCUAAACUAAUAACAAAUGCGCUUCUAAUAAAAGCAUCUGGAUUCAUCAUUAUAAUUGUCCCAAAUUCUCGUCAGCUGGCUCUUUUAUGAGUCCAACAUGAUGUAUUGUCUUGUUAUACGUCCGAGGAGACUAGACGAUGCCACCGCAACCGAGCUUGAGCUUCACGCUCCCUAGUAUCCACGAUAAUACGAAGCUCGACUGUCGCAUCUACCAGCCGUAUCACUCGAACCCCUCGAACCCCUCAAUCCCGCCUUAUUCAUCAUCCUCUGAUCCGUCAUGGCCUAGACAUGCUGCGGUGGUAGCCCACCCGUACGCGCCGUUGGGAGGAUCCUACGAUGAUCCUGUUGUACAUCUCGUGGCUAGUACAUUGCUUGACCUUGGUUUCGUUGUCGCGACAUUCAAUUUUAGGGGCGCUUCCUCCUCCAGCGGUCGCACGUCGUGGACGUCCAAGCCUGAACGAGCCGACUACAUGUCGGUCACCGGUUUUCUCGUUUAUUAUAUGCACUACUUGACUGCGCCCCAGAACCAUGCCCGCUCUAUCGAAGAAGACAAUAAUUCACCCCCAAUUCUGCUAUUUGCUGGAUACUCUUACGGCGCCAUGGUGACGCUCCAACUCCCCCCUAUUGACUCCUUUCUGUCACACUUCGCCUCGCCUGCCACCCAUACCGCAUUCGCAGACAUUCGACUACGGGCACAACAUCUAGCUGAAGAACAGAGCACCAUGUCUGCCGAUCCCGCCUCGCCGAGAAAGUCUCUAGGCAUGCGUUUCGGUGGUGAUGAGGAUUUAUCGCCAAGAUCUCGCGGGAAACAUAGAGCACACUCUCCAGACCCAGAAGAGAAGAUACGGAGAGGCGUCAAAGACAUAUUGUCUCGGAGUAAGUUCAUACAUCGGAGACAUCACUCACCAUCAGCCGAUCGGGGGACAGAAAGGAAUAUUGAAGUUCCAUGUUUAGAGAAUGUCGACAACUUGAUCAGAUUCCGUCCGGCUUAUCUGUUAGUGUCACCUCCUCUGGGCUUCGUCACGAACUUGGCGACUAUGUCCUUUUCAAAUCUCUGGCCCAAAAAGAGGAAAGACGGACGUACCAAAAAUCUCGAAGACUAUACGAAGAGGGAAGAGAGUGAGGUUGAGACUGAGGCGAAACUGACUGCAAACCCUACUCUUGUUAUAUACGGGGAUCAUGAUAGUUUUCUAUCUAUCAGGAAAAUGCGUGAUUGGGCUACGAAGCUAAGCAACGUCGAAGGAUCUCGGUUCCGCUACGUAGAGGUCUUAACUGCCGGGCAUUUCUGGAUAGAACAUGGUGUCUCACAGGAGCUUAGGGAGGCGGUUUACUCUUUUUCAGCUGGACUGGUGAAGAGCUGACAACUGUCGGAUGCCGGGAAUAUGACACGGAUCUGUUAUCUCUCCUAAGGUCUUGAUAGUAAUCCUAAAAGAAGCACCUGUUACUUACCAGGAUACAGAUAAGAUCAUUAUUUCAAGUACCAAAUAUUACCUAGGUAUUUUGCUCCUAGUUGUGUAAAUCUGUAACCUACCUACCUAGGUACGGUGUAGGUAGGGUAGUCAUUUAAAUUACCUGGGAAGUUCUUGGUACGUCACUUCUUAUGUAUGUAGUACUACAAUAUGGGGCUGGAGGGGUGGGUAUUUGGCAUGGUGUCUACAAGACUUGUAGGGCGUGAACAUAAUUUCGUCUAUGCACGGCUGAGAUAGCUGUCCUCUAUAUGGUUGGCUGAUUGCAUGCACAUUAAUACUCCUAGGGUGGCUAUACUAUCUAUAUUGUACGUACCUAAUGAGGAUAUCUAAGCAACCACACCUAGGUAGGUAUGUAAUCCAUUCUGAAUAGACUAACGAUUCAGGGAAAGAGUACCUAAGCUUUUAAAAUAUCGCCACCACCGAUAGUCAUUAUCACCAACGGUAAUUACGGCCACCAGGCCAUUGGAUAUUACACACAAUAUGGUAUCAGACGAUAUUACUGUAUUACUGUUCUAACGUAAGUACCUAUGUCAUAAAAAAUACAGGGCUUCGAAUACUAUU